UGUAAAGUACAAGUGAUGGAAUAGGCCUAAAAAAGCAGCUUUUAGAACAUGCUUACGUGCGCCAGGUAUAAAUACAGCCAUGCUGCUAUUCGAGAACCUGUAUUCCUUCCCUACAAAAGCCCUAUACUUGUACAAAUAGUUGAUUAUGGCUAGCAGCAAGCAGCAAACACUUCUUUUGCAGAACGCGCGCGAGAUACAGAAGCAGACAGAAGAGCUCGUGAAAUACCUCGAGCAAAAGGGCGUAGACGAGCUCAACUUCGAUGCUAACUCGCCGCUACCUCCCGCUGAUGAUGAAUAUGACGCGUUGAGAUACAAGGUUGUGCAAUCAGCUGAGGACCUGAUCAAGCUCGCAAAAGGUCCUUUGCAAUGGGUCCGAACCUUCAUCUGCUCCCAGCACGAUCUCGGUGCGUGGCAGAUUGCCCUCCGCUUCAAUCUGUUCACGAGCGUGCCACUCGAUGCCCCCAUCUCUGUCAGCGAGGUGGCCGCCACGGUUAAAGUGGAUAAAGACCGAAUUGGGCAUGUGCUCAAGCAUCUAGCGUCUCAACGGUGCUUCCACGAGGUGGAGGAAGACGUCUUCGCGCACACGGCCAUGUCCGCGUUUAUCGCGAAGAGCAGCGACAUCCGCGCAACGCUCGCCUUUCAGGCGGAUGAGAUGUUCGAGGCAGCAUCCUUGAUGGCCGCUGCAAUUGAGAAGGCCCCGGAAAGUCUGGACGUCGCUCAGAGCGCUUUCCAGCUCCGAUUCGGUAUGACGCCGUACGAGUGGUAUGCAGCCAACCCCGAGCGGGGGUCUCGCUUCGCGGCCGCAAUGGCUGGCUAUGGCCAAAUGAACCGGGAUACCACGACGCUGCGCGACAGUUACCCCUGGGCAGACCUCGGGGAUGCUACAGUGGUGGACGUUGGCGGGGGCAGUGGCCACGUCUCUCUGUACCUAGCUCAGCAAUUCCCGCGCCUGCAGUUCAUUGUUCAAGAUUACAAUACCGUCAUGCUGGAGCAGGGCCCCAAGCGGCCCGAUUUCGAAUCGGUCAAGACGCGUAUGUCGUUCAUGAAGUAUGACUUUUACGAACCACAGCCGAUCCACAACGCGAACCUCUUCUUCAUGCGCCAAAUCAUCCACAAUUACAGCGACGACAAGAGCGUGCGCAUUCUCAAGUCUUUUGUGCCCGCAUUGGAAAAAUGCGCGGCCGGAACACCCUUGUUGAUCAACGACAUGAUUCUUCCGGCCCCCAACUCGAAGCUAAAAGCCGAAGAGCACCACCUCCGUCAAAUCGACAUGGCCAUGCUUGGCGGCUACUCGGCUAAGCAGCGAUCCCUCAAAGAAUGGGCCAAGCUCCUGGAGACGGCGGAUGCACGUCUUAAAAUCGUAAAGGUACACGGCGAGGGGAUUUUAGGCCUGAUGGAAGUACAGCUAGUGCGAUGA